AUGGUGGGGCUGGGACCAUUCUUGGGCGAUAGGAUUACAAUGGUUUUGGAGGGGAAUAACUCCAAACGGGCGAACGGCUUUUCUUUGGAGCAGCGCAUGCAAAGCAGGGUAAGAGUCGAUGAGAUGCAGCUGGGUCCGCGUCCGCGGUACGGACGUUAUGCGCGUGACGGCAUACCGGGGACGAUUACAACUUGUCGUGUAGGAGUGCGUCGUUUCUUAUUUCAAGUCAACCGUUCUUCUGGGGUUGCGACGUUGGCGGUUGAGAUCAAAGGGGGGAGGGGAGCAAGUUCUGGGUGA